AUGCCUACCCCCCGCCGGCCACCUGCCGUGUCCGUCGAGCCGCUCUUCCUGGGUUCCGGUAGCCGUCGGCGGCGUCCCGCUCCCCCUUCGGGGACGAGCACACCGGCGCCCCCGCCGGCCCAGCGGCCUCGUCCUGGCACACCCGCGUCUACUGGCGUUUCAGCGACAGCAUCGGGCCCUCCUCGCUCCCGACCGCCCGUCAUUCACCAGGGCAUCAUGACGGUGUACCUGCCGGUGCCUGGGAUCCUUCGUUGUCCGUAUCCCUGUUGCGCGGGCUGCCAAGCCCGCACAUCAGUCUCGCUCCGACUGUCCGCGUGGCGGUCCCACAUGGAGCAGAAACACGGGGUUCGGCCAACGGAGCGGCUCUACCGGUGCGUCGCCUGUGAUGCCCGGUUGAAUUCGCUGUCCGCCCGCCACGACUGCCCGGGUCCUGCCUCGAACGAGCCUUACCACCCCUGCCGGUAUUGCCCGAAGAGCUUCAAUUGCGAACGCUCCUUGGCCCGGCACACCAUGGCACGGCAUGCGCAAGAGGAGUCCACUCCAUUUGUACCUCUUCGCCCCCCACGGCAGCCUACGGCGACUACCUCCAGUUCCUCUGGCACAGAGACCACACCACGCUCCGGCCCAGCUCCUUCCGGUACAACUUGCCGAGCAGUACCAGCACCACAGACCCGAGCAACCGUUUCCCGGUCUCGAAGACGUCGUGGAGGCCAUUCUUCCACAUCGACGCCAUCUUCCUGUACCGGGUCGGCCUCCAGCACUUCGGCAACCGGUUCUCCGUCGGUGUCAAGUUCCGAGGCGUCUACUAUGCCAGGCCACUCCUCCCCAACUUCUGGCUCCGGCUCUUCUACGCCUCGGCAAUCGCCUUCGGGUCCCGGAACGCCACCGUCCGUGCCACCAGAUCCUGGUCCCCAGUCCACGACUGGCGAGGUCUCAUCCACGCCCGGCUCGUCUUCUCGUCGCCGUACCGGUCCCGGCUCCACGUCGUCGGCUUCAAGGGCUUCCUCACGGAUGUCCACGGGGCUUACCGACGUCUCCGGUACCGACGACUCCGACGACGCAUCGGCCAACGAGCCGGUGGACGAACAGAGUGUCCCAGCUGCCGGCAUCGUCGUCGACCGCCGCCCUCUGUCGACCAAUUCCCGCUCCUCCUCAUCCCCUUCCCUUUCCGAGCGGUUGGAAGACACUGGCGCAGAUGAAGCCGACGACGGUGCACACGACACUCCUGUCGAAGCACCGACGAUGGAGAUGCCACCGGACCGCACCAUGCUGCUUGCGGAGCAGGUCCGCGUCUUGCGAGCCACGCUCCGUUCAGCUCCAACACCAGACUCAUGGGCGACGUGUGAGCAGGCGUGGUCUCAGGCUGUUGCUCUGGCCGCGGAGGCUGUCCGCCUCCCCCCGUCAACACCGGGACGCCCUGCUCGAGACGUCAACCCUGACAACGCCACGCAGAUCCAGCGUCUCUACCGCAGGAACCGCCGACGUGCCGUGCGCCUGAUCAUGGAGGGUCCCACACGGUCCUGUACCAUCCCCAUACCAGACAUCCAGGACCAUUGGGCCUCCACCUGGUCACCUCGCACGGCAGACACCUCAGCGCUGUUCCAGCGGCCCGCGGCCCCUGUCCCGGUCGACACGGCGUCCUUCUCGGCGGACGAGGUUCUCCUCCGGCUCCGGAAGUCGGAGAAUACGGCUCCCGGUCCUGACAGACUGACGUACCACCACUGGAGGUCCGUCGACCCGGAGGCCCGCUUCCUGUCCGCCCUUUUCAACGCCUGCGUCCACCACCGUCGCACCCCGGACUCAUGGCGAACGUCGCGUACGGUACUCAUAUACAAGAAAGGUGAUCCCUCUGUCCCGGGCAACUGGCGCCCCAUUGCACUCGGCAGUACUGCCUCUAAGUUAUACGCCAAGUGCCUUGCGUCGCGCCUACAAGCCUGGAUCAUGGAUCACCAGGUCUUGUCAAAGUGCCAGAAAGGUUUCCUCCCGUAUGAUGGCGUUUUCGAACUGAAUUACAUCUUUCAGCACCGCAUGGACGCAGCCAGAGCUGGUGGCACGGAGUUUUGCGCGGCCCUUUUGGACUUCGCAAACGCCUACGGGUCCGUGCCUCACCGAGCCCUCCUGGACGCCCUCCGUGGUUCCGGUGCUGGGGAUACGUUCACCGCCCUCAUCGAGGACCUGUACCGUGACAACCAAACUGUCAUCGUUGCUGCAGAGGGCACGACAGAUCCGGCGUCCAAGGCACAGGGCGACGACCACAACAUCCUCGCCUAUGCCGACGACCUGACGCCCCUGGCCGACUGUCCUGCUCUUCUCCAGCAACGCAUCGACAUGGUCGAGGCGCUAUCAACACCGCUCGGGCUAUCUCUCAACCCGAGCAAGUGUACGACCUUGCACCUCAGCGGCGUCACCCCCGUCGGAAUGCGGCCAACCGUGUUCCGGGUCUCCGGCGUCCCGGUAACAGCUUUGAGCGACUCCGAGCCGCUCCGCUACCUCGGACGCCCGGUGGGUUUCCGCCUUCCACAGAGAGCGGGAGCCAAUGUCAUUGACGACGCCAUACGCAACGCCACGGCAAUAUUUUCGUCCCUUCUAGCCCCCUGGCAGCGUAUUGACGCCCUCAAGACAUUUGUGUUCCCCGCCCUCAACUUCUCCAUGAGGUGCGGCGCCCUGACUAAAACAGAUUGGCACCGGUUGGACCUUGCCAUCAGGCCCAUGGUCAAGCGAACACUCUACCUACCGGUGAACGCCUCGACGAACUAUGUCUACGGGAGCGCCUCCGGAGGAGCAGUAGCGAUACCGGUGGCAGCGGAGUUAUACGACAUCUGUCGUAUCGACUCCGCUUUCAAGCUCCUGACGACUUCAGACCAGUCGUUGCGGGAUCUCGCCCUGUCCGACGCUUACGAGAUCGCCUCCACCCGCCUCGGAUGGGAGGCUACCCGUUUCGAGUUGGAGGCGUACCUCUCUGGCGACCGACAGGUCGUCCACUCAAGGCCGGCAACCCAGCUGCGCAGCGUGUGGACCGAGGCCCGUAAGGCAUCCCGAAGGCUACAAGUCUCGUGGUCCCUGCGGCCGGACCACGUCACCAUCACCUGCGGCGACGCAACGCUUCCUUCAACACAGAGGAACCGGGUCAUGCGGACGCUACGAGAUGUGCUGGCCCACGUCCGGGACAACGCCCUCCAUGACCAACCCAACCAGGGGAAGGUGAUGGCCUGCGUCUCGGCGGAUCGUGCGAGCUCCCAUUUCAUCACCACGGGAGCAUUCACGCACUUCGCCGACUGGCGGUUUAUCCACCGGGCGCGCCUCAACCUGCUACCCCUGAAUGGCGCCGUCAUGUGGGGCCCUACUGACCGAGACCAGCGUUGCCGGGUCUGCGGCUACGCGAGGGAGACGCUACCGCACGUGCUUUGCCACUGCAUGACGCACAGCGCCAUGUCUCAGGCACGGCACAACGCGGUGGUCUCGCGCCUUCGCACGGCCGCUGCCCGCGACUACACCGUAGCGUACGAGAACCGGCCGGUCGGCGACACCGGACUGCGUCCUGACCUUGUCCUGGUUCGCGGGGAGGAGGCCCUGGUGAUCGACGUGGCUUGCCCGUUCGAGAAUACACCGGAGGCCUUUACCAACACGCGAAACGACAAGGUCGCACGCUACCAACCCGUCGCCGACUACCUGCGUCGCCGCUACCAGAGAGUAACGGUGGCCGCCGUCAUCGUCGGGGCUCUCGGCGCUUGGGACCCGGCCAACGACCGCGUCCUCCAGCGUCCUGUGCUCCCGCAGCUACCUGCGUCUCAUGAAGAAACUCUGCGUGAGCGAGGUGGUGGCAGCGUCCCGCGCCAUCUACCACGCGCACGUGGGACAUGGACGCAGCUAGACGACCGAUGA